AUGCCUCGCCCCGGUGCCGGAAUCUUUGGUGGGAGGGAUCACACGCCCGUGCUGGAGAUCAAGCCUGACUCUCCGUUUGUGGUGUUCUACGGCGAGCCCUCGGAAUCGCACGAUGCAGAGCUCAAGGGCAAGCUGGUCCUGCACAACCCCGAGUCAAUCUCGGUGCGUAGCGUUCGCAUCACACUGACGGCGACGCGCAAAGUCUCAUGGCACUUGGCCAACACCGUUAGCCCGCAGCCGAUCACGCACAAGACAAACUUCCUCGUCGACACCCUCACACUCUUCCCUGUCUCCUGCUCAGACAAGAACGCGAAAGCGCACAAGAUCAACGCCGGCCACCAUGAGUGGGACUUCAAGUUCAACAUGCCAAGCAACCUCGACCAGAGCGUGGAGGGGCUGCCGACAAAUUGGAUCGUGUACGAUCUGAAGGCGACCGUCGAUCGCGGGUACAUGAGCAAGCAGCUCUCUGCCUCGUCGCAUAUCCGCGUCAUUCGCACCCUGGGCCGCGACAUGCUCGAAUCUAUGCCAAUGGAGCAGAUCAACGAAGAUAUCUGGGCGAACAAGAUUGCCUACAAGAUCACAGUUCCCCAGAAGAACUACAUCAUCGGCACACAAAUCGCUGCCGACUUCGUAUUAAUACCCCUUAGAAAGGGCGUCGAGAUCACGACGAUCAAGAUGGAGCUGAUCGAAUCACGGCAACUCUUCGCAGAGUACGCUGGCAGGAGGAUAAGCCACCAAACUGAUGUACAGGUUGCCACCAAGGAGGCAGACUUGCCCUCCAACUCCGCACAUCUUGUACCCGCCGACGUUGACGACGCCGAUGCGCUUUUCGACGAGUCUCACCGUUUCUCGAUGUCGUUGGAUCUUCCCAAGUCCCUGAAGCACUGCAGGCAGUCUGUGGAUACAGAGAAUAUCCGCUUGUCGCAUAAGCUGAGGCUUUACGUCAAUCUCAAGAACCCCGAAGGUCACACCAGUCAGCUGUUGGUAAAAAAUCACGUCCACCUGUUCAUCUCACCCAACCUCCCGCCGAAUGAGGACCAAAGUGUAGUAGUAGACAACAGUCUUCUGGCACAACAGGCGAUCGCGGACGAGGUCAACCAGAACGCGCCCCCAACAUAUGGCCUCCACCAGCUUGAUGAGCUGUACAACGACAUCGAUCCUUCUGGAUUCAUGACGCCCGGUGGCUGGCGCAGCACAAUGAACAGUGGCGCAAAUACGCCUUUCUUUGCACAGAGCCGACGUGGUUCGACAGAGGACUUGUCAUUAGACGCAGUUGCCCACCAGCAAGACGGGCCAGGUGUUUCCACAAUCGCUCUGCAGCACCGUCUCGCGAACCUCAACAUGUCUCACAACGAUCGCCACUCUCGUUUUCACCCCUCGCGCCAGGACUCGAACGGCGACCACUCGGGUCCGCAGUCUUCGAACCACUCCUCCGGCCAGAGCACCCCGCACCACCGCACACCGCAGAACGGCGUUGAGCCAUCAUACUUCGACAUUCCCGCCAACGACUACGAUAUGUCCGCGCUCGCACGAACACCAAGCUACAACACCGCAGUUCGCACACCAGCGUCGUACACGCCGAUGGAAGUCUCGCUCCCUAGCUACGAUGUCGCGACAUCACGACCCGGUAGCCCCGUUCGGAGUCGCGGCAGCAGGGGCACAACACCGAGCCCCGCACGCAGUCUGGACACGUUAAACGAAGAGACGUUCAGGAAUACACAGAUCAACAGUCGGAGAGAGUCUCCGAGGCAAAGCGGAGAAAUCGCCCAGCACUAG